AAAGUUCGUGCAUUGUUGUCACAUUUUCCCGUACGUCAGACUUUGCAGGAAGCUCGCGAAUUUUCCGUGAAAAAGACGUGAAAAUCAGUGUUUUCUCCGUGGAUUUGCAUCAGCAUUUGUUUUUCAUAUCUCCAAUUUGCCGUCACCAGUGUAUUUGUCUGCCGCGGGGCACGGCAAACAGGAGAAAAGGUGUGGUGAAAAGUUGAUUGAAGAAGUGUUGUACUGUGUGGUGUAAAAAUGGCGUUUUGAAUUCUGUGGCUAGAAAAUGCGACUGGUGGUCUGAGUGAUGGUGAGGUCGAGUGCUUGAGUGGAUUGCAUAAGAGGUGAGGUGGGAAGGCAGCACCCAAGGCACCUCCGGACACUGAGACACUAUGGCGCUGCUGACAAUUCAACGGGAUCCUCGAGUGUUGGAUACGGGCAAUGGGCAAGAUGAGGAGGAGAACGUGAAGACGAUCAAAAGCCUCAGUGAGUGCUACUUUGCUGGAAAAGGAUCAGCUCUUAUGCUUGGAUCAAAUGAGCAUUUACGUGCAUCGUGCGAUUUUGGCCGUUUAAGUGCCAUAUCCACGUGUUCAUCCUCAACAUCCAUGUCGUCAUCGAGUCACACAGGAGGUGGCCAGUCGGCCGGACAGGUGUCUGCGCCGGGAGGUGGUCAGGUGACAUCGAGUACGGUGAAUUCGUCAGAUAUUCAUCAACAUCUUCAGUCGAUGUUCUAUCUGCUGCGCCCAGAGGAAACGCUCAAAAUGGCUGUCAAGUUGGAAUCUGCACGCGCUGGUCGCACAAGAUACUUGGUGGUUGUGUCACGAUUCGUGAAGAAUCGUCUGCAGCAGACAUUGUCACUGCCCGACUGCCAGCAGCACCAUCUCAGCAAGAUGCAGAGUCAGAUGGUGGUGAGGAGUGCAACAAGUGGUUCGGUCAAUCGCAGACUCACUGCAAGUUGUCCGUGCACGAGACAAUGCCACAGACAGUCAAACAGUGGUCAGGUAGAUGACAAAAGUGAUGUGAGAACAAAGUGUUGUGGGGGAGGAGAUGGUCAUCAGGACAGCAUUAGGGAUGGGAAAUGUGACAAAGUGACUUGCUCAGAGUGUACAAAUGAUGAUUGUGUGUCUGACUGUUGUGGGUCAGCUAAAUUGUGUGGCAGGAACUACGAUGAAGAGGAAUCGUGUCUUUUGGGUAUUGAUUGCAAUGAAAAGUCUACAGUAGGUUUGGUGUUGCGCAUCUUGGCGGAUACAUCAAUACGUUUGGAUGGAGAUGGUGGAUUUAGUGUCAGUGUUUGCGGGAGGACACAUAUUUUCAAGCCAGUUUCAGUUCAGGCAAUGUGGUCUGCACUUCAGACAUUGCACAAAGUGUCUUCGAAGGCUAGAGAAAACAAUUAUUUUGCUGGUGGCCCAUCACACGAAUGGGUAUCGUACUAUGAGGAGCAUAUUGAGUCAGAUCGUUCAUGUCUCAAUGAGUGGCAUGCGAUGGAUUCACUGGAGAGUAGACGUCCACCAUCACCAGAUACGAUAAGGAAUAAACCAACUGAACGAGAGGAGACUGAACGUGUUAUCAGGACGGCUCUCAAGGAGAUUAUGAUGUCAGUGGAUCUGGAUGAAGUGACAUCAAAGUACAUCCGAGGACGUCUCGAAGAGCACUUGGAUAUGGAUUUGGGUGAAUUCAAGUCAUUCAUCGAUCAAGAGAUGCUGAUAAUUUUGGGUCAGAUGGAUGCUCCAACUGAGAUCUUUGAUCAUGUAUACUUGGGUUCAGAGUGGAAUGCCAGCAAUCUUGAGGAAUUACAGCGCAAUGGUGUUCGUCAUAUUCUCAAUGUGACACGAGAGAUUGACAAUUUCUUUCCGGGAAUGUUUGACUACUGCAAUAUUCGUGUGUAUGACGAUGAAAAGACGGAUUUGCUGAAGCACUGGGACAAUACUUUCAAGUACAUCUCAAAAGCCAAGAAACAAGGUAGCAAAGUACUUGUGCAUUGUAAAAUGGGAGUUAGUAGGUCAGCAUCUGUGGUGAUUGCCUAUGCCAUGAAGGCGUACAAUUGGGACUUUGACAGGGCAUUGAGGCAUGUGAAGGAGAAGAGGACGUGUAUUAAGCCCAAUAAGAGUUUUAUGGCACAACUUGAGACGUAUCAGGGGAUGUUGUAUGCCAUGAGGAAUAAGGAUAAGUUGCAGAGGAGUAAGAGUGAGACAAAUCUGAAGAGUACGAAGGAUGCUAGGCUAUUGCCGGGCAGUGAACCAACACCACUCAUACAGGCUCUAAAUGGGGCAAUGGGAGGUGGGAAUUUGUUGCAGGUGUCCGGGGUGGAUUUGAAGAAAUUGGGCAGUAGACCAAAAAGUUGGUCACCCAAUAAUGCAGCUGAUGGUCCAGAAGUGGUUCUGGCUAAGCCACAGUCGCAGAGUUUGGAGAAUUUGGGACCGCCAAAGGGGGGAAAGAAGGCGGCAGGAGGAGGAGGAGGAGGAGGAGUAGGUGGUAGUGGUAGUACGAAAACUGUUAGAUUGCCCUGCAGCAAUGGUCAGAACUACAGUGUGUCGCAGAAUCAGGUGGUGCAUCUGCAGGAGCACAAUCCAAAUAGUCAAAUCUUCACUGAAUCCCUCGUUGUGCCAUCUGUGAAGUCCAUUGUGAGUGAGUUGGAGUCCACAAAUUCGGGGAUUGUGAAGGUGGUUAGGGAGAAGAAGGCACUCAGUUUGCAUCUGACAGUGACUGAGGGUGAACGGGGUAGUAGGAAGGAGACAUGGGAUCCGGGUGAAGGAGGAGGGGAUCUGGGGAAAGAAGUUGAAGAAGAGGUAGAUGACAGCUGUAGUGUUAAAAGUAGUGUAAAUACAAAUAGCACUCAAUGUGCUGAAAAAAAAUGUGAUAGUCCACAGGAUGAUGGACCAAAUCUUCCAGUUGACACCAUCAAGUGUCCGGAAGCCGAAGUGGACAUUUCGGUGGCUGGGCAUGAAGAAGAUGGGGUGAAAAGUGAGCCUGGUACUGCUAAAGUUCCGGGUAGAGCACAAGGAGAUCCAUUUUCUUCCCAACUUGACAGGGUUUUUGAUCGGGAGGAGCGCAAACAGACCCGUCUUGGGACUUUCCCACCAACUCAUGCUACUGUCGUGGAAUUGUCCACGUCACAGGAGAACGUUGUGUCACGCAAUAGUUCCUGGAGUAGUGUAGAUUCAGCUGUUGUCUUGGGGUAUCCGGGAGAUGUGAGAGAAGUACCCUCGAGACAUUCUUCUUGGGGUUCUGGUGAUACUCGAACACUUCCAUCGCGCAAUAGUUCAUGGGGAUCAUAUGAUAUUCGUGUGACACCUCAGACAAAUGCCCAAGAUCCUGGUCAGAUAGUUAUGGGACAAAGUGGGAUAUUCCCAUAUGAUCGAGAUGAGAUUCCCUGGCAUCCGGGAACGGUGAAACGAACAAAGCAGAGGCUUGAGGAGAGGAAUUUUGUGAAGAGAAUCUGUAGUGAUGAAAAGGCAGAGGAAGAGGCAGAGAAGCCAAUUCCGCAGGCACGGAGUCAAAGUGAGGAAUUUCUGGCCAGAAAGUCUUCCUUUCAGCUCAUACAGCUGUCAGCUUCAGCACCAGCGGCUACAUCUGGCACAAUGGAGGAGGAGGAGUCUGGGAAGAGGAAUCUCGCCAAUCGUACUCUAAAGUAUCGUCAUUCAAUGGAUGAGACCACGGACAAAAAGCCCACGAGGUAUCAUACACUGAAGGAGGGUGAAGAGUGUCCGUCGGGUCCGAGUGGAAUGGUGCAGAGCCUAAAGAUGAAUUUUGAGGCUAAAGCCACUGAAGAGGCGGGAAGUGGAAAGAAAAAAGGUCGAUCUCUGCCAUCAUCUCCAAUUGCCAUUCACAUUGGUGUCCAGGACAAGAAUACCCGAACUGUCCAGGUUGCCCAGACACCCGCCGACGAGACAAAUGUCCGUGGGCUCGUGGAUAAGUACGAAGUGGCCAAGAUGCGAGCUAAACCACCGCCAAAUCAUGCAAGACAGCGUCCAAAGUCCGUACUGGAAGUGAAGACUUUCCAAACUCCCGGACUUCAUGCAACAAAACCUCUUCUCAUCAAUCACAGCAAAAUGACAAAGUCUCUGCACUGCCGGACGGAUGAAUAUGCCAGACCACCGGUGCCACCGCCAACAGUUCGCAAUGCCCUCCUCCUGCCCAAGACGCUGUCGAAGAAGGUGCAGCAACAGCAGCACGGAAAGACGCAUCCUCUGACCAAACUGGCAGUUGGGAAGAGCUACACUAGUGCAGCAGCGCCCUACAACACCAUGUAAAUAAACAUGGGGUGGUGCCCCAUGGGAUCUCUGCCCUCUGCAAAUAAAAACAAAAAAAAAUUUAUAGGUAGUAAAAUUGCCAGUUCAAUCAGCAAUAGCUGUAUCGGGAAAUUUUUUAAAGAAACUUUUUUAGAAAAAAAAAACUUUGACAAUGCAAAUCAUUUGGAAAUUGCGGUUUCUGCAUAAAAGCUUGUACUUUUGUAAAUUAAUCAUACCCUACGAUUAAAUAGAUGGAUUUUAUGGAGAAAAUAGCUGGAAAGCAUUUCGAAAAUUUUGUACUUUGUGAGUUUUUCGUGAUUUCUCAAUAAAAUUGCGAUUCCGGAAGUAUUUUAUCAAAUUUUGCAAAGUUAUUAUUUUGGAACUACAGUAGACUCUGUCAACUUCGGUCAUUUGGGAUCGAAAUGUCACCCGAAUUAGGGAGAAAUUCGGGCAACAAACUUUUUGAAAUGCAACGAUUUUUUGUUCAUCUGCAUGCACUGCACAUAUUAAGUUUACAUACUCAGAUAUAUUGUAAAUUUCAUGAAAAUCCCUUAAUAAUGAAAAUCACAUCAAAACUAAGACAAACCAUGGUAAACUUAAGGAUAUUUGCUUCAUUCGAUAAUCAUAAUCAAACUUGAAAAAUGUCAACAAAUUUUUUUCAAAUUUAACUGCCGCCCGAAUUAAAAAGUAGCCCGAUCUUAAAAGAGCCGAAUUAGCGAGAGUCUACUGUAAUUGGAACUAAUUAAUUCUGGAUAAAAUUAAGCCAAGACCUCAGAAUGAACCUAAUUCUGUUAUUUGAGACACACUAUCUUAAUUUGCAGUGAAGAUGAGUUUCGAUUCGGGCAGCAAAAUCCCGAAUGUUCAAAAUUCUGAAAGGGAUGAAAUUAUAUGGAGGACGUGUACAAUAAUUUCCUAAGACACAGAAAAUUUCCCUUUGCCUUCAGCAAGCGCGGGUGCAAUCGUAGGAGUAGCUAUGACACUUUUAAGAAUUCGGGAUUUUGGCUUUCGGGAUUUUGGUCUAUUCGGGAUUUUGACCGAGACCCAUUUAUUCUAACUACACUCAGUCCCGGGAUUAAGCACAUUUUCGGGAUCGAAAAAAAUGCGCGAAAUGGCAUUAUACAUCGAGAAAAUUUGCAUACCCGCAGGAGAUUUCUUUUGAAUAAAUCUGCCGUAGAACGCAUUUCGCGCGGAAUAAAAGUAGUCAGAACAAAAGAUUCAACUGUUUAAAAGGAAUGUAUUAACAAAUAGUAAUUUUUGGCCAAAGUUAUUUAAUAAAUUGUUAGAAUAUUUAAAAAUUUCACCUCAAUAAAAGAAAUUAGAGUUUUAUUCUGAAAAAAAAGGCAGCGUUUUCAAAUUUCCCGCGUCACACGAUAGUAUACAUUAAGGCGUCUUUCAAAAAUGAUUUCAGAAAUUGACUCCCAAUGAUAGGCAAAUUUGCAUAAUUAUGCAUAAUUUCGUCAGGUGCAUAAUUCCGAAGUGCAUAAUGCGGGGACUGAGUGUUUAUAACCCUAAAAUAUAACGGAUCAUUGAUUGCAUUUGUACCAAAUUUAAUACACUUCUUAAAAUGUUAUUAAACUUGAAACAUUUUGCACAUUGAAACCUUUAACUUCUACUUCAGUCCUUCUAAUUUAGCUUAAAAUAUUAGGGGAAAGUUCUCUCUCUUCGAACGUUUAUGCCUUCGAAUAAUAUGAAUUUCUUUCACUUUUCCUGAAAGAUUUCCACAUAAUUGUCACAUGAUUAUCAAUAAUUGAUAAUAAGCUAACUAAUAUAAUAAUAAUAAUAAAAAAAGCUUCAUCGUGGAAAUGGGACCCAGAAGACUUAUGACACUUCUGGAAAUGAAUAGAUAAACUCGUGAAAAAAAAGAUGGUUGUCAAUUUGACACCAAAAAGAUUCUUCAUGCUGUCGUAUCUCUGAUCGCAUACCUUGUCGUAUUGCUAUUGCAAAGCAAAAAAAAAAUUAAUGGAAAUGCUUAUGUCUCUUAGAACAACUUAAAGAAAAUUCAUAUUAUUCGAAGGCAUGAACGUUCGGAGGGAGAGUACUUCCCCUAAUAGGGUCGGAGGAACGUCUGUUCGACAGGGAACCCCUAUUGACACUUUUGUCAAAAUGUUGAAAAUUAUUUAAUGUAUCUAGUAAAACAUAAGUAAUAUAACGUUUUUUCUGUAAUAUACCUUUUACUAUAAACAGAGAUGUUCAAAUUUCAUAUCCCAAAUGGUACAGAGUAGGGUGUCAAUAGGUGCUGACACGAGUUCUCAAAGUGUCAAUAGACGUUCCUUUCACCCUAGUUCAAAUGUAUUUGUAUGUAUUUACAAGUUUGUUUGAAAUUGAAUUUUACAAAGCAUUUUUAGAUGAUUUGUUUUAAAGUAUGCCAUUCAUCCUGGGAUAAAUCUUUAAGUGGUGAAUCUCUAAAUCUGCUUUUUAAACCUGAUUCUUAUUCUUUUAUUAAGGCUUCAAAAUACAGAUUUUUUUGGUAAUAUUGAAUUAAAUAAAACGUCUUCACUCAUCAUCUUUUUACUCGUAAUUUGAAAUCUAUAUAUCUGACACUAAUUCUUUAACUUAAAAUCUUGAGUUUAUACUGGCUUCAGACCUAAGACUUAGCUAUAUGGCUUAACUGCUCUAAUUUUUUAUCAAUCAUGAUUUUUUGGAAAAAUUUAACUUAUAAUUGAAUUAUUAAAGAUAAAUAACCUAUUAGUCCAUUAAAAAGCAAUGAAAUUGCUCGCAAUUUAAGAUUCUGAGACCUUUGGGAACUGGGCUAAACCUCUAGCCUGAAGACCGCUUUACUUUAUCUCAGAAUUGGAGAGAUAUGGCUUUAUUAUUUGAAAUUGAAAUACUUUCGAUUGACUUUUCACAAUGUUACGAAUUGCUUAACCUAGUCAAGUGGCAAAUUGACCAGUAAAUAAUUAUACAGUGUAGAAGUAUCCAGAACAACUUUACAAAUAUUGUUAUUUAAUAGUUCUCAAGGGGUGAUUAAGUGUGCUACAAUUCACUUAAACUUCUAUUUAAACAUUUUUGCUUUUUCUUUCCUUUUAGUUCACUCAAAUACCCGCUUAAUCUCCUCUUGAUAGUACCAGUAAAAUAAAUAAACAGAGCUUUCGGCAACAAAGGUAAUUUUGAAAUUUGAAGAGCAGAAGAGAUCAAGAAGAAUUAUAUAUUAAAAAUACAUUUUAUAUUGAUUUUGAUAUAAAACAUUGUUUUAAGAAUCAUAUUGAAAACGAUUUAAGAGCAAAGAAAACUGCCUAAAUGAAGCAAUUUGUAAAAAUUUGAACAACCAUGUAGCUAUUGCUGAUUGAGAAGGCCUUAUAUAAAAUUAUAUUGCAAUUUUGGCGAAAAAUAUCAUUCUCUCGCGCAUUCUUUUUUAGUGAAAACAAUCUUUUUGGACUUUACCAGAUAUAACAAAAAAAGUGCCAAAAGCAUGGGAACUUGGCAAAUGGCAGUUUUUUGAGUCUAUUUUCCAGAAAAAUGUAAUUUCCUGGAAAAUAAUGGAAAUUUUGAAAGUAAGAGAGAGUGAGGGAUAGAAUUUAGCAUCGAAAAUUAACUGCUUGUGAGAAAAAUUACUGCAUUUUUUGAAGAAGAAAAAAAUCUAAAAAUAAAAUGUGGAGGAAUUCGUCGAAUUUUUAGAGAAAUGAGAAAUACUUAAUGAAGACUGUCUUAAGCAGAAAAAAAUUACAUUUAAUUUGAGGCAAAUUUGUAGGAUAUUCUUCAAUGCUGGAAGAGAUUUUUUUUUAGAUAAACUCCAAAAGAAUAAGAGGAAAAAAACAAGUAUUAUUGUAAAGAUGGAGAUUGAGGAAAUAUUUGGACAUUGCAUAUAACCCUUUUUUCUCUGUUUCCAAUCGAACCUUUUUCCGUUUUUCUAAUUACAUUUUGACUUGCGCAAUCAACACACAAGUGAACAUAUCGUCGAGGCGAAAGAUAAAUUUUUCACAGUUACACACAAAAGAAAAGAUCAAAAAAUAGAAAAAUAAAUCACUGAAGACGAGAAAGAGCUACAAAAAAAAAAGAAUAUGCUUGAAAGAGUUAAAUAGCAGACUUGCAUAAUUUAUAGUCUAAAAAAAAAGUAAAAAUAAAUUUGAAGAACAAUCAAUAAUACUAAGAGCGAUAAAAUUUAUUUCGAAAAUAUAUGAAAAUUUUGGGGCUGAUAAGCUUUCUAGUCUUUUUUGUACCAUUUUGUGAAAUUUUAUUGAAAGAAAAAAAAAACAAAAGUGACAAUUUAACAAUAAUUUGAGGGCUUUUAUGUGACCGUGUGUAAUGUAUUUUAUGUCUUUUUGUAUUGUAAAUAUGAAAAUAAAAAGUGAGGAAAAUGAA